AUGGAGCAGCUCACAGAAUUUGUGUCAAAGUCCUUCAAUCCAGACCGACCUUUGUCCACUACUGUUAGUAGUUUUCCUCACCUUUUGGCCAGCAGGCCCGGCGGACCGCGUUCUCUGCACAGUGUGGUUGAUCGCCUCUCUGCACCUCAUAUGUUUCCAGGACUCGCACUUGCUCACUCCAGCAUGGGGCUGAGUCUGACUGCUGGGGCUCCGUUACUGUUGCCGCCACCCCGGCCUGCAAGUGGGGGCACAUCAUCGCCAUCGAGUGUUCUCACUGACAAAGAGGACAGGACGAGAGAGGACGAUAGCAACGACAGACAUGUUACAUCUUCGCCCAUCGCUUCAGUGUCCACAACUACAGAACCGGAAUCUCCAGCGGAAGUAAAGCCAGAAAGCCAUCACUCUCAGCACCACCAGGAAUCAAACCCUGCAUCCGAUCAUGGGACUGUCGCUACAAACGGAAGCAUCACCAGCAAUCCUGACAGACUGGACGAAUCCUCCAGGCAAGAUGAUGAGGACACAAAAAAACGGGAACCAAGUCCAUCCUCAAACCAAGGUGCUCCUUCUUCCUUGGAGCAUACGGGUGGACACAAGGUAAAACAGCGCCGGUCCAGGACCAACUUCACACUAGAACAACUAAAUGAGCUAGAAAGGUUAUUCGACGAAACUCAUUACCCAGACGCAUUCAUGAGAGAAGAGCUCUCUCAGAGGCUUGGACUUUCCGAAGCUAGGGUUCAGGUGAGCUUCACUUUCUGUUACGUUUCUCUAGAUAUGUUUAAACUAACUCUUGGAAAAAGGAAACAAAAAUGUAGAGAUUUUUGUUGGCCAGUCAUUAAAGUUACAUUAAUAUAA